AUGUUCAGAAGUGGAAGGCGGAAACUUUGGAAACAAAGCCUUGGCAGAGUUUUAAAGCAAAAACUGAAAGAGGAAAAAGAGGCCAAACGAGCUCACCUGGAUGGAAGACAUGAUUAUCUAUUGUCAAUUGUUGCUUCCUGCACUGAUCUCGAGAAAGCUGAUGUAGAAGAUGCCAUCCUCGAAGGGGACCAGAUAGAGCGCAUUGAUCAGUUCUUCAGUGCUGGAGGCUCUCGUCAUGUCAUGUUCUACUAUCAAGAUGUGGAGGCAUCUGAAACAGGUUCUGGAGGCCCAGCAGGCACUAACCCUCCUGCUGCUGCUAAGAGCAAAGGGGCCAAGUUGUUUGUGACAGAGGGAAAUGACGUUGCUUUGACUGGCAUGUGUGUUUUCUUCAUCAGAAUCAACCCUUCCAAAGCAAUCACUGCAGAGAAUAUCCAUCGUGAAGUGGCUUUCAAUAUGAUGGACACGGCUCAUGGGGGCUUGCUGGGCAGCGUUCGGCACUUGCUGUCAGACAUCUUCAUUCCCGCCCUGAAGACGAUGAGCUGCGGCUGGGGAGACCUGAGCGGCACCCAGAAAGGGGCUGGCAUCAAGCAGGAUCUCCUUACUUCUCUGGAGGGCUUCGUUAGUGUCCUUUCAGGAGCUCAGCAGAGCCUGGUGGAGAAGGUACACUUGCGUAAGUGCGAAACUUAUGAUCUGAAGACCCUGAAAGGACCCGCAGACUUCCUGGUUGCAGCCAACAGUAUGGACACUCUGGAACGAAUAGAGUCCUGCAUGAAAGUGUGGAUUAAACAAAUUGAGCAGGUCAUUGCUGAAAAUAGCCAACUACGGAAGGAAGCAGAUGACCUUGGACCACGAGCAGAGCUGAAUCACUGGAAGAAGCGACUGUCCAAGUUCAAUUACCUGGUGGACCAGCUCAAGACCUUCGACGUCAAGGCUGUACUCGGAGUACUUACAGCGGCUAAGUCCAAGCUUCUAAAGACUUGGCGAGAGCUGGAUGCUCGGAUCACUGAUGCUGCAAACGAAGCCAAAGACAAUGUAAAGUAUUUGUACACACUUGAGAAAUGCUGUGACCCUCUUUAUCACAGCGACCCUGUGACCAUGGUAGAUGCUAUUCCAGGACUCAUACAUGCCAUCAAAAUGAUCCACAGCAUCUCACGCUAUUAUAACACCUCAGAGAAGAUUACUUCCUUGUUUGUGAAGGUUACUAAUCAAAUGAUAACUGCCUGCAAGGCUUAUAUUACCAAUGGCAACACUGCCACCAUCUGGGAUCAGCCACAAGAUGUAGUCCUGGAAAAAAUACAAGCUGCUAUAAGACUGAAGCAGGAAUAUCAAAACUGUUUCCACAAGACCAAACAAAAACUGGAGCAGAAUCCAGCUGAACGACAGUUUGAUUUUAGCGAGAUGUAUAUUUUUGGAAAAUUUGAAACAUUUCAUCGUCGCCUGCUGAAAAUUAUACAUAUCUUUGAAACCAUCACAACCUAUGCCGUUCUACAAGAGUCUAAGAUGGAAGGACUAGAAGUCAUGGCAACAAAAUAUCAGAGCAUUGUUGCUACCAUGAAGAAGAAGCAAUACAACUUCUUAGAUCAGAGGAAAAGUGACUUUGAUGAUGACUAUGAAGAGUUUUGCAAGCAAACAAAUGUACUUCAUCAACAACUCCAGAGUUUUAUGGAUGUUACCUUUGAAAAGAUUACAAACACUGAAAGAGCCCUUGAUGUGCUGAAGAAAUUCGAAAGGCUAGGAAUCCCCAACCUUGGCAUUGAUGACAAAUACCAGGUCAUCCUUCAGAACUAUGGCUAUGACAUUGAGAUGGUCUCCAAGCUGUACUCCAAGCAGAAGAAUGAUCCCCCACUGGCUCGUAACCUCCCUCCCAUGGCUGGUAAGAUCUUGUGGGCACGGCAGCUGUUCCACAGAAUCCAGGAACCCAUGAAUCUUUUCCAAAAGCAUCCCACAGUCCUGCAGAGAGCAGAAGCAAAAGCUGUUAUUUGCAACUACAACCGAGUGGCUAAAGUCCUUCUGGAAUUUGAGGUUGUCUACCACAGGGGAUGGCUACAGCAGGUUCAGCUGGCUAAAGCAGGGCUUCAAGCAUCAUUGCUGGUGAAAGCUCCGGAGACGGGAGAAAUCUAUGUGAACUUUGACCCAGAGAUCCCCACCUUAAUAAGGGAAACGGAGUGCAUGUCACGCAUGGGACUAGAAAUUCCACCACUUGCAGUUGCUCUUCUACAAAAGCGUGAUUCCUACAAACAGAACUUCAAUAAACUGCAGAUGAUGCUGGGAGAGUACAAGCGGGUGAAAUCCAAAAUCCAAGCUCCCCUUCACAUGCUGAUGAUGCCACAUGUGGCCAGAGUGGAUGAUGCUCUUCAGCCUGGGAUGACCAUACUCACCUGGACGUCCCUGAACAUCGAGAACUAUGUGCAGCAAAUUUUGGAUAAACUUGCCGACCUUGAGCUCCUGCUGAAUCGCGUAAAUGACCUGAUAGAAUUCCGUAUCAAUGCUGUCCUUCAAGAGGUGAGCAGCCUGCCCCUCUGCGACCUCCCCGAGGAUGAUCCGCUGACCUGUGAGCAGUUCCUUCACAUGACAAAGGAACUCUGUACGAGGGGAGCCAGAGUGUUGCAUCUGAAAAGCUCCUUGGUCGAAGAAGCAACCAACGAGCUGAUCAACAUGUUGUUAGACAUGGACGCACAUGGCAAAGUGGAGAUGGAUGAGAUGCUUGCGGGCAGUGGCAAAGCGGAGGAGCCCCAUGACGCAGCAGAUGAAGAAGGGCCGUUAGACCCCUUGGCAUCCUCACACACUGCUAGCCAGAUGUCCGUAGGGUUGGCUUCCCCUUUAACUAAGAAGAAGAAGAAGGAGAUGGAAAUGCUAGAGGAGGAAGCCCAGGAACUGUUGUCCCAUUUCAGUCACCGCAACGUGGAUGCUCUUCUGAAGGUCACUCGCAACACCCUGGAAGCUCUGCGCAAGCGUAUCCAGGCCUCUUCUGUGAUCACCUUCUCAGAGAGUGCGAAUGCCUCCAGGCAGAAACUGAAUGCUCAGCCCAUCUUUAAGGCCAGUGUUAUCCUUUCUAUUCCACAUUUUGCCAUGAUGCCGACUCUUGAGGAAGUACAGCAAACACUCAACAAAGCUGUGGACAGUAUUGUAAGUGUCAUGAAAGGCGUUGGACAGUGGAGUAAGGAGAGAAUAUCCAAGAAAAAGAUGCUGGAAAGAAAACUGGCUGCUCUGCAAAAUGACGGAGACAGCGAUUCUGAGAAUGGAAUGAAAGCAAAUGAAGGUGGAAGCAUCCAUGAUCCUACAGAGACAGGCUCCCUGAUUCUGCCUUCUCCUACCCAAAGCAAGAACUACUACAAAACCAUUUCGGAGAAUAAGGAAAUAAUCAAACUGAUGUCUGUUCUGAGUACUGCGAUCAAUUCUACCAAAAGGGAAGUCCUUGUGGCCUUGGAGCGUUUCAGACGUUACCAUCACAUCUGGCAGAAGGAGAAAGAAAAAACCAUAGAAGAAUUCAUCAAAGAAAGUCCUUUGCUGUCAGACUUUGAAUCCCAAAUCCUUUAUUACAGAGACUUAGCAGCUGAAAUUAAUUCGGAGCCUGAAUACAUAUGUGUGGGAACCAUUGCAUUAUAUACAGUGGACCUAAAGUUGGCCCUUACAACAGAAACCAAGGCUUGGAUGAUUGCAUUCGGACGUCACUGUAACAAGAAUUACAGGACAGAAAUGGAGAACAUCUUUACCUUUGUCGAGGAAAUCAGCAAGAAAUUGAACCGUCAAAUUAAAGAUCUGGAUGAUAUAAGGAUAGCUAUGGCUGCACUGAAAGAGAUCCGAGAGCAACAGAUCUCAAUAGAUUUCCAAGUGGGACCAAUUGAGGAGUCCUAUGCAAUGUUAAAUAAGUAUGAAUUAUUGGUGGCAAAAGAAGAGAUGGAGAAGAUAGACACGCUGCGUUACGCCUGGGAGAAACUGCUGGUCCGAGCAAAUGAGGUGCAGAAUGAAUUGGUCGCAUUGCAGCCCAAGUUCAGAGGAGAGCUAAUAAGCACGGUGGAGAUAUUUGUCGACGACUGUGAUCAGUACUACUUAGAUUAUGACAAGAAUGGUCCCAUGGUGGAUGGUCUUGAGCCUCAGGAAGCUAGUGACAGGCUUAUCAUAUUUCAGAAUCGAUUUGACAACCUUUAUCGGAAGUACAUCACUUACACUGGAGGUGAAGAACUUUUUGGUUUGCCUGUUACUCAGUAUCCUCAGCUCCUCGAGAUCAAGAAGCAGCUAAACCUGUUGCAGAAGCUUUACAGCCUGUACAACAAUGUCAUUGAUACCGUAAAUGGAUAUUAUGAUAUCCUCUGGUCAGAAGUGAACAUUGAGAAGAUUAAUAAUGAGCUCCUUGAGUUUCAGAACAGGUGCCGCAAACUGCCCCGAGCUCUGAAGGAGUGGCAAGCAUUUCUGGAUCUCAAGAGGACCAUAGACGACUUCAGCGAAUGUUGCCCUCUGCUCGAGCUGAUGUCCAACAGAGCCAUGAUGGCACGGCACUGGAAGCGCAUCACUGAUCUCACCGACCACAGUUUUGAUGUUGAAAAUGAGGCUUUCAAGCUGAAGAACAUCAUGGAAGCACCUUUGUUGAAAUAUAAAGAAGAGAUCGAGGAUAUCUGCAUCAGUGCUGUGAAGGAGAGGGACAUUGAGCAGAAGCUGAAACAGGUGAUUGCCGAAUGGGACAACAAAACAUUCACUUUUGCCAACUUUAAAUCCCGCGGGGAGCUGCUGUUGAGGGGAGACAGCACUUCUGAAACCAUUGCAAGCAUGGAAGACAGCCUGAUGGUUCUCGGCUCCCUGAUGAGCAACAGGUACAACACCCCAUUCAAGGCUCAGAUACAGAAGUGGGUACAAUAUUUGUCUAACACAACAGACGUAAUUGAGAACUGGAUGACGGUGCAGAAUUUGUGGAUCUACUUAGAGGCUGUCUUUGUGGGUGGGGACAUCGCCAAGCAGCUUCCAAAGGAAGCCAAACGUUUCUCUAACAUCGACAAAUCGUGGGUGAAGAUCAUGACGCGAGCCCACGAAAUACCAAAUGUGGUCCAGUGCUGUGUGGGGGACGAAACAAUGGGGCAGCUGCUGCCUCAUUUGCUGGAACAGCUGGAGAGCUGCCAGAAGUCUCUGACAGGAUACCUGGAGAAAAAGCGGCUUUCUUUCCCCCGAUUCUUCUUUGUGUCCGACCCCGCUCUCCUGGAGAUUCUGGGCCAGGCUUCGGAUUCUCACACUAUACAAGCUCACCUGCUAAAUGUCUUUGAUAACAUCAAAACUGUAAAAUUCCACGAAAAGGUUUAUGAUCGGAUCCUUUCCAUUUCCUCUCGAGAGGGCGAGACAAUUGAGCUGGAAAAGCCUGUCAUGGCAGAAGGUAAUGUGGAGGUUUGGCUCAAUUCUCUCCUGAAGGAGUCCCAGUCCUCCCUGCAUCUUGUGAUUCGACAGGCAGCUGCAAGUAUUCAGGAAGCAGAUUUCCAGCUGAUCGAGUUUCUUUCUUCCUAUCCUGCUCAGGUUGGCUUGUUGGGAAUUCAGAUGAUCUGGACACGAGAUGCUGAAGAAGCUUUGACAAAUGCAAAAUAUGACAAGAAGAUAAUGCCAAAAACAAACCAGUUUUUCCUGGACCUCUUGAACACCCUGAUAGACAUGACUACGAAGGACCUGAGCCCGGUGGAGCGCAUUAAAUACGAGACACUGAUCACCAUUCAUGUGCACCAAAGGGACAUAUUUGAUGACCUGUGCCGCAUGCACAUCAAGAGUCCUGCAGACUUUGAGUGGCUGAAGCAAUGCAGAUUUUAUUUCAAAGAGGAUGCAGACAAGAUGAGGAUUAAUAUCACCGAUGUGGCCUUCACCUACCAGAAUGAAUUUUUGGGCUGUACAGACAGGCUUGUCAUCACACCUCUCACAGACAGGUGUUACAUCACGUUAGCUCAAGCCUUGGGCAUGAGCAUGGGCGGAGCCCCGGCAGGACCGGCAGGGACAGGCAAAACCGAAACAACCAAGGACAUGGGGAGGUGCCUCGGGAAAUACGUCGUGGUCUUCAAUUGCUCUGACCAGAUGGAUUUUCGAGGACUGGGGAGAAUCUUCAAAGGUCUUGCUCAGUCUGGGUCCUGGGGCUGCUUUGAUGAGUUUAACCGCAUCGAUCUGCCCGUGUUAUCUGUUGCGGCCCAGCAAAUCGCAAUAGUUCUGACGUGUAAGAAAGAGCGCAAGAAGAACUUCAUUUUUACGGAUGGCGAUAAUGUGGAAAUGAAUCCUGAAUUUGGACUUUUUUUGACAAUGAACCCUGGCUAUGCUGGCCGCCAAGAGCUUCCUGAAAACCUCAAGAUCAACUUCCGCUCAGUGGCAAUGAUGGUUCCCGACCGGCAGAUCAUCAUCCGUGUCAAAUUGGCUAGCUGCGGCUUCAUUGAUAACAUUGUGCUUGCCCGGAAGUUCUUCACCCUGUACAAACUCUGUGAGGAGCAAUUGUCCAAGCAAGUGCAUUAUGACUUUGGACUAAGGAACAUAUUGUCAGUGUUGCGGACCUUGGGAGCAGCCAAAAGAUCAAACCCCGAUGACACGGAAGCCACAAUCGUAAUGCGAGUUUUGAGGGACAUGAACCUGUCUAAGCUGAUCGAUGAAGAUGAACCCUUAUUUUUGAGUCUGAUCGAAGAUCUUUUCCCAAGUAUCCAGCUCGACAAGGCAGGCUAUCCGGACCUUGAAGCUGCCAUUAGCAAGCAGGUGGAAAAGGCUGGCCUGAUUAAUCACCCUCCAUGGAGACUGAAGGUGAUCCAGCUGUUUGAGACCCAAAGGGUGCGGCAUGGCAUGAUGGCUCUGGGGCCGAGUGGGGCCGGAAAGACAACAUGCAUCCACAUACUAAUGAAAUCCAUGACAGACUGUGGGCAGCCCCACCGUGAAAUGCGGAUGAACCCGAAGGCCAUCACUGCACCUCAGAUGUUUGGGCGGCUGGAUGUUGCAACUAACGACUGGACGGAUGGGAUUUUCUCCACGCUUUGGCGGAAAACGCUGAGAGCUAAGAAAGGGGAACACAUCUGGAUAGUUCUUGAUGGUCCUGUGGAUGCAAUUUGGAUCGAGAACCUGAAUUCCGUGCUGGAUGAUAACAAAACAUUGACAUUAGCUAAUGGAGAUCGGAUUCCGAUGGCCCCGAACUGUAAAAUUGUCUUUGAGCCACAUAAUAUAGACAACGCUUCCCCUGCCACAGUGUCCAGGAAUGGCAUGGUGUUUAUGAGCUCCUCAGUUCUCAACUGGAGCCCUGUCCUUGAGGGCUUCCUGAAGAAACGUUCUGCGCAGGAAGCUGAGAUUUUGCGCCAGCUGUACGUGGCAUCGUUCCCAGACCUGUAUAGGUUCAGCAUCCAGUCCUUAGAAUACAAGAUGGAAGUGCUGGAGGCCUUUGUGAUAAUGCAGAGCAUCAAUAUGCUGCAAGGCCUGAUUCCUUGCAAGGAGCAGGGAGGAGAAAUUACAGCAGAGUUCCUGGAAAGACUGUACAUCUUCUCCUUGAUGUGGAGCAUCGGGGCACUGCUGGAAUUGGAAGACCGUUGCAAGCUGGAACACUGGCUUCGUAGUCACGAAACGAUAAAACUUGAUCUUCCUAAUAUUCCAGAAGGAAGUGAAGACACAAUGUUUGACUACUAUGUUACCAAUGAUGGCAAAUGGGUGCACUGGAAUACUUGCAUUGGAGAAUAUGUGUACCCCACAAACUGCAUUCCGGAAUAUGGCUCUAUCUUGGUGCCAAAUGUUGACAAUGUGAGGACAGACUUUCUUAUCCAAACAAUUGCAAAGCAAGGGAAGGCAGUGCUGCUAAUUGGUGAACAAGGGACUGCCAAGACUGUCAUCAUCAAAGGCUACAUGUCAAAAUAUAAUCCUGAAAGCCACAUGGCCAAGAGUCUGAAUUUCUCAUCGGCAACAACUCCUUUCAUGUUUCAGCGCACAAUAGAAAGUUACGUGGACAAGCGAAUGGGCACAACAUACGGCCCCCCGGCGGGAAAGAAAAUGACCGUCUUCAUUGAUGAUGUGAAUAUGCCUGUAAUCAAUGAGUGGGGAGACCAGGUCACCAAUGAGAUAGUUAGGCAGCUGAUGGAGCAAAGUGGGUUUUAUAACCUGGAAAAGCCUGGGGAGUUUACCAACAUCAUCGACAUCCAGUUCUUGGCUGCCAUGAUCCACCCAGGUGGGGGACGCAAUGACAUCCCCCAGAGAUUGAAGAGGCAGUUUUCCGUAUUUAACUGCACCCUGCCUUCUAAUUCCUCCAUUGACAAGAUUUUUGGUGUGAUUGGCCUGGGACACUUCUGCAGCCACAGGGGCUUUGUGGAGGAGGUGAGAGCAGCCGUGGCCAAGCUGGUGCCGCUGACACGCCGGCUGUGGCAAAUGACGAAGGUCAAGAUGCUGCCGACGCCAGCCAAAUUCCAUUAUGUGUUCAAUCUUCGAGACCUUUCCAGGAUCUGGCAAGGGAUGCUCAAUACCGUUUCAGACGUAAUCAAUGAGCCCAAUGUACUCAUAAAACUAUGGAAGCAUGAAUGUAAGCGUGUUAUUGCUGACCGUUUUAUAGCCCCCGAGGAUGUGGAUUGGUUUGAUCUCACGCUGGCAAAACUCAUUGAAGGGGAAUUUGGUAGUGAUGCAAAGGCACUGGUAGAUCCCAAAAUUGACACCUACUUUGUGGACUUCUUAAGAGAUGCCCCUGAAGCUACAGGAGAAGAGCCGCAGGAAGCCGAAGCUGACAUGCCAAAAGUAUAUGAGCCCUCUGAAUCUUUUGAUCUCCUGAAGGACCGUUUGAACAUGUUCUUGCAAAUCUACAAUGAGAGCAUCCGUGGGACAGGAAUGGAUUUGGUGUUUUUUGAAGAUGCCAUGAUUCAUUUAGUAAAGAUCUCCCGUGUGAUCCGCACACCCCGUGGAAAUGCACUGCUCGUUGGAGUUGGUGGGUCCGGAAAGCAGAGUUUGACUAAAUUGGCAUCAUUCAUAGCCGGCUAUGAUAUAUUCCAGAUCACGUUAACAAGGUCUUACAACACCUCCAACUUGAUGGAAGACCUGAAGCAUCUGUAUAGGACUGCAGGGCAACAAGGAAAAGGGAUCACCUUCAUUUUUACAGACAAUGAGAUAAAAGAUGAGGCCUUCUUGGAGUACAUGAACAAUGUCCUGUCAUCAGGCGAGGUCUCAAACUUGUUUGCCCGUGAUGAAAUAGAUGACAUUACUGGUGAUCUCAUACCAGUUAUGAAGAAGGAGCAUCCACGUCGGCCUCCAACCACUGAGAAUUUAUACGAUUAUUUCAUGAGUAGAGUCCAUCAGAACCUUCAUGUAGUUCUCUGCUUUUCGCCAGUGGGUGAAAAAUUCCGAAACCGAGCUUUGAAAUUCCCUGCCCUUAUUUCAGGUUGUACUAUAGAUUGGUUCAGUCGUUGGCCUAAAGAUGCUCUUGUUGCAGUCUCUCGACAUUUUUUGUCUGCCUAUAAAGUUGAUUGCACUGAUGAGAUAAAAAAUGAGAUGGUGCAGUGCAUGGGUUCCUUCCAGGAUGGAGUGGCUGAGAAAUGUGUCGAAUAUUUCCAGAGAUAUCGCCGCUCAACACAUGUGACCCCCAAGUCUUACUUGUCCUUUAUUCAGGGGUAUAAAGCUAUAUACAAAGAAAAACAUGCUGAGGUGCAGACUUUGGCCAACAGGAUGAAGACCGGGUUGGAGAAGCUGAAAGAGGCAUCUGAGUCAGUGGCGGCUUUGAGCAGAGAGCUGGAAGCCAAGGAAAAGGAACUCCAGGUUGCCAAUGAAAAAGCCGAUAUGGUGUUAAAAGAAGUCACCGUGAAGGCACAGGCUGCCGAAAAGGUGAAGGCCGAAGUUCAGAAAGUGAAGGAUAAAGCGCAGGCUAUCGUAGACAGCAUCUCGGCAGACAAAGCGAUUGCCGAAGAAAAGCUCAGAGCUGCCAAACCUGCUUUAGAAGAAGCCGAGGCUGCUUUGCAGACUAUCAAGCCGGCAGACAUCGCCACGGUCCGCACCUUGGGGCGACCUCCUCAUCUGAUCAUGCGGAUCAUGGACUGCGUGCUGCUGCUGUUUCAGAGGAGAGUCAACACAGUCAAAGUGGACCUGGAGAGAAACUGCACCGUUCCAUCAUGGCAGGCCUCCUUGACACUGAUGACAGCAGGAAACUUCUUACAAAACCUGCAGCAAUUCCCCAAAGAUACAAUUAAUGAAGAAGUGGUGGAGCUCUUGAGCCCUUACUUUGAAAUGAUGGACUACAACAUCGAGACAGCGAAGAGGGUGUGCGGUAAUGUGGCUGGCCUUUGCUCAUGGACCAAAGCAAUGUCUGCCUUCUUUGCGAUCAACAAGGAAGUGCUACCUUUAAAGGCUAACCUGGCCGUUCAGGAGAACCGUCUGACGACCGCCAUGUUAGACCUGCAGAAAGCUCAAGCUGAGCUGGAUGCCAAGCAAACUGAACUAGAUAUUGUGCAGGCGGAAUACGAGAAGGCCAUGAGGGAGAAACAGACAUUGCUUGAGGAUGCAGAACGCUGCAGACACAAAAUGCAGACAGCUUCCAGUCUCAUUAGUGGGUUGGCUGGCGAGAAAGAAAGGUGGACGGAACAAAGCAAAGAGUUUGCAGCACAAACAAAGAGGCUUGUGGGAGAUGUGCUCCUGGCCACAGCCUUUCUGUCCUAUUCCGGCCCUUUUAACCAAGAAUUCCGCAAUCUGCUGUUAACCGGUUGGCAAAAAGAGAUGAAAUCACGGAAAAUCCCAUUUGGGAACGAUCUGAAUCUCACCGAGAUGCUGAUUGAUGCUCCGACCGUCAGUGAAUGGAACCUUCAAGGGCUGCCGAAUGAUGAUCUGUCCAUUCAGAACGGCAUCAUUGUCACCAAGGCAGCUCGUUACCCUUUGCUGAUUGAUCCUCAGACACAAGGCAAGAUCUGGAUUAAAAACAAGGAAACCAGGAAUGAGCUUCAGAUCACCUCCUUAAAUCACAAGUAUUUUAGAAAUCACUUGGAGGACAGCCUUUCUCUUGGAAGGCCACUGUUAAUUGAAGAUGUCAGUGAAGAGCUGGAUCCAGCUUUGGAUAAUGUGCUGGAAAGAAAUUUCAUCAAAACAGGUUCUACAUACAAGGUAAAAGUUGGGGAUAAAGAAGUGGAUGUCAUGAACGGUUUCAGACUUUAUAUUACCUCCAAGCUGCCAAAUCCAGCAUAUACACCUGAGAUUAGUGCUCGCACAUCUAUCAUUGAUUUCACUGUCACCAUGAAAGGUCUGGAAGAUCAGCUUCUGGGGAGGGUCAUUCUAACAGAAAAGCAGGAGUUGGAGAAAGAGCGAACCGAUCUAAUGGAAGAUGUGACUGCUAACAAGAGGAAGAUGAAAGAACUAGAAGAUAACUUGCUGUUUCGACUGACAAGCACACAAGGCUCUCUGGUGGAAGAUGAGAGUCUCAUCAUUGUACUUAGCAACACAAAGAAGACUGCAGAAGAGGUGACACAGAAAUUGCAAAUUUCGGCCGAAACUGAAAUACAGAUUAAUUCAGCCCGGGAAGAAUACAGACCAGUUGCAACAAGAGGCAGCAUCCUCUAUUUCCUGAUAACCGAGAUGAGUAUGGUGAAUGUCAUGUAUCAAACUUCACUUCGACAGUUCCUGGGCCUCUUUGAUCUUUCACUUGCCAGGUCUGUCAAGAGCCCAAUUACAAGCAAGAGAAUAGCAAAUAUCAUUGAGUACAUGACCUACGAAGUGUGCAGGCAUGCUGCCCGAGGGCUGUAUGAGGAGCACAAGUUCUUGUUCACGUUGCUGCUUACCUUGAAGAUUGACCUGCAGCGGGGCAAAGUCAAGCACGAGGAGUUCCUCACUCUGAUUAAAGGUGGGGCUUCUUUGGAUCUGAAAGCUUGUCCCCCUAAACCAGCUAAAUGGAUCCUGGAUAUGACUUGGUUAAAUUUGGUGGAGCUCAGUAAACUGAGACAAUUCUCAGAUGUUCUUGACCAAAUUUCACGAACGGAAAAGCAGUGGAAAAUUUGGUUUGACAAAGAGAAACCAGAAGAAGAACUUGUUCCCAGUGGCUAUGACCAAGCUCUGGACUGCUUCAGACGUCUCCUCCUCAUAAGGUCUUGGUGUCCUGACAGAACUAUAGCUCAGGCUCGAAAGUACAUUAUAGAUACCAUGGGGGAAAAAUACGCAGAAGGGGUGAUCCUAUCCUUGGAAGAGAUUUGGGAGGAAUCUGAUCCUCGCACACCUCUCAUCUGCUUCCUUUCCACGGGCUCUGACCCUACGGAUUCCAUUACUGCCCUGGGGAAAAGACUGAAGAUCGAGACGCGUUAUGUUUCCAUGGGCCAAGGGCAAGAGGUCCAUGCACGCAAACUUCUGCAGCAAACUAUGGCUCAUGGUGGAUGGGCACUUCUGCAGAACUGCCACCUAGGGCUUGACUUCAUGGACGAGUUGAUGGACACGGUUGUGGAAACGGAGGUGGUUCAUGACGCGUUCCGCUUGUGGAUGACCACAGAGGUUCAUAAGCGAUUUCCCAUUACCCUUCUGCAGAUGUCCAUUAAAUUCACCAAUGAGCCUCCCCAGGGACUCAGAGCUGGCCUAAAAAGGACCUAUGGAGGUGUGAGUCAAGAUCUCUUGGAUAUCAGCAACAUGGUACAGUGGAAGCCAAUGCUAUAUGCUGUAGCUUUCCUCCAUUCCACAGUCCAGGAAAGGAGAAAAUUUGGACCUCUGGGAUGGAACAUUCCUUAUGAAUUCAAUCAAGCUGAUUUCAAUGCCACAGUACAGUUUGUUCAGAAUCAUUUGGAUGACAUGGACAUCAAAAAGGGUGUGUCAUGGAAUACCGUUCGUUACAUGAUAGGAGAAAUUCAAUAUGGUGGGAGAGUUACGGACGACUAUGACAAGAGGCUGCUUAACACCUUUGCUAAGGUGUGGUUCAGUGAAAACAUGUUCAGCCAAGACUUCUCCUUCUACAAAGGCUACAGCAUACCCAAGUGCACAGUGGUGGAUCAGUACCUUCACUACAUUCAGGGCUUGCCUACUUAUGAUACUCCAGAAGUCUUUGGGCUGCACCCCAAUGCAGACAUUACUUAUCAAAGCAAGCUUGCCAAAGAUGUCCUGGACACGAUUCUCAGCAUUCAGCCUAAAGACAGUUCCAGUGGAGGAGGAGAGACCAGAGAAGCCGUGGUUGCUCGGCUGGCAGAUGACAUGCUGGAGAAACUGCCUGCAAACUAUGUACCAUUUGAGGUAAAGGAAAGGCUUCAGCAUAUGGGGCCAUUCCAGCCUAUGAACAUCUUCCUGCGGCAGGAGAUUGACAGAAUGCAGAGGAUUCUCGCUCUGGUGCAAAACACUCUGACAGAUCUAAAACUUGCCAUUGAUGGAACCAUCAUAAUGAGUGAGAGCCUGAGAGAUGCCUUGGACUGCAUGUAUGAUGCAAGGAUUCCCGAACGCUGGAGGAAGGCAUCCUGGGCUUCCAGCACUCUUGGAUUUUGGUUUACCGAGCUUCUCGAAAGGAACCGGCAAUUUUACUGUUGGAUUUUUGAAGGGCGACCAAACUGCUUUUGGAUGACAGGGUUCUUCAACCCUCAAGGAUUUUUAACAGCAAUGAGACAGGAAAUUACUCGAGCAAACAAGGGCUGGGCCCUUGACAGUGUAGUUCUGUGUAAUGAGGUCACCAAGUGGAUGAAGGAUGACAUCACAUCUCCUCCUUCGGAAGGCGUCUAUGUAUACGGGCUCUACCUAGAAGGUGCUGGGUGGGACAAAAGGAACAUGAAGCUCAUGGAAUCGAAACCAAAGGUGCUGUUUGAGCCCAUGCCUGUGAUAAGGAUAUAUGCAGAAAACAAUGCCUCAAGGGAUCCGCGUCUCUACUCAUGUCCAAUCUACAAAAAACCAGUGCGAACGGAUUUGAAUUACAUAGCUGCAGUGGAGCUGCGUUCCACACAACCUCCUGAGCAUUGGAUACUGCGUGGAGUCGCACUGCUGUGUGAUGUCAAGUAA